AUGGCUGCUGUUGUUGCUCUCAUAGCUUUUUACGUAGUUGGCUUCGCUACCAAUGUAUAUGCAUGGCUUCGUCUUCGCGGUGCUGAGAAAUCAUCGAGACUUGACCAACGCCAACUUGUAUCAUUGCAGUUUACUCUAAACAUUUGGAAUAUCAUCACUCAUGCCGGCGCCGAGCUCUCCAACCAGCAGGUUUGGUUUCUCUUGUCGUCAAUCUCCUCUUUCCUUUCGAUUUAUUGCCUCGCAGCAUUGGUGUUGUCCAUAGCCAUGGGAAAUUACUACAGCCAAACUUUAAACUCCAAACGGUUUAUUACGGCUUUCUUGGUAGUUUGCACCGCGUUGUUUCAUUUCUUUGGACGCCGAGAUGCGUUUUGCAAGAAUGAAAACUGUUUCGGUCUAUCGCUCGCUAAUGCCGAAAGCGCAGAAGAAGCCGAAACUACUCUUGUUGGUACUGUGGUAGUGUUUACUUUCAUACCAAUAUGCGUUUGCAUCACGGCCUCUAUAUACAUCGCCUUAGUAAAGUAUAACAGACUUAAAGCUUCAAAACCAGAGUUAAAAUUUCUUCAAGUUUGUUUUCGAGUUAAUCAAGCAUGCCCCGUUUUGAACUUCCUUUUAUAUGGGUUUUUGGUCAUAGAAGUCUUGCAACGAUACUACGGCAUCAAAGCCGUCGAUGUCUCACCGCUUCAUCUCUCCUGUCGACUUAUCUGCCUAGAUGAUCACUUGUACUUGCUGUUGUCGAUGUUUCCUGUCUACAUGGCUCACUUUAUCAAGAAAAACAAAAUAAACCUACCCAAACAAUGA